ACCGCCGCAGCUGCCAACCCUGCCGGCCGGGACGCUGAUGCCAAUGAGAAGCCUGGGGCACAGCCUGAUGCCCGAAACACGGAGCCGGGCACAGAGAUGGAGGAGAAGGACUACAGCGAGACGGACGGGCUCUCUGACAAAACAACUCCCAGCAAGACCCAGAAGUCCCCCCAGAAAACCACCAAGAAAGUGAAGAGCACGCUCUGCAGAGUCACCCUGCUCGAUGGCUCCGAGUACGAGUGCGAGGUGGAGAAGCACGCCCGAGGCCAGGUCCUCUUUGACAUGGUGUGUGAGCACCUCAACCUCCUGGAGAAGGACUACUUCGGCCUCACCUUCUGUGACUCGGACAGCCAGAAGAACUGGCUGGACCCCUCCAAGGAGAUCAAGAAGCAGAUCCGCAGCGGGCCCUGGAACUUCGCCUUCACUGUGAAGUUUUACCCUCCAGACCCUGCCCAACUCACGGAGGACAUCACAAGAUACUACCUGUGCCUGCAGCUCCGCGCGGACAUCAUCACGGGGCGCCUGCCCUGCUCCUUCGUCACACACGCCCUGCUGGGCUCCUACGCCGUGCAGGCCGAGCUGGGCGACUACGAUGCCGAGGAGCACGUGGGCAACUACGUCAGCGAGCUCCGCUUCGCCCCCAACCAGACGCGGGAGCUGGAGGAGCGCAUCAUGGAGCUGCACAAGACCUACCGGGGAAUGACCCCCGGGGAAGCGGAGAUCCACUUCCUGGAGAACGCCAAGAAGCUCUCCAUGUAUGGGGUGGACCUGCACCAUGCUAAGGACUCGGAGGGCAUCGACAUCAUGCUGGGCGUCUGCGCCAACGGCCUCCUCAUCUACAGGGACCGGCUGAGGAUCAACCGCUUCGCCUGGCCCAAGAUCCUCAAAAUUUCCUACAAGAGGAGCAACUUCUACAUCAAGAUCCGCCCGGGUGAGCCUCUGCCCCAAGAGUCCCAAGUGAAUGACCAUGCUGGCCAAGAGAGCACAUCUCCUGUGGCGCUGGUGUCCCCAGAGCCCCCUCCCAAGGGCUUCUUGGUGAUGGGCUCCAAGUUCCGCUACAGCGGGCGGACGCAGGCGCAGACGCGGCAGGCCAGCGCCCUCAUCGACCGCCCGGCUCCCUUCUUCGAGCGCUCCUCCAGCAAACGGUACACCAUGUCUCGCAGCCUUGACGGAG